CGUAAGCUUGAAAUAUAAGAAUGAAAUUGAUUGUAUUUAGUUGCAUAAUCCUCGGAGCUUUUGCUUCCGAAGAGUAUGCUCCAAAAUUGGGUUUCCAAUUGGAAAAUAAUAUUCAAGGAAUCAACGAAGCAGCCAAAUAUAAUGAUAAAUUUGAAACAAGCGAUGAAAUUAAUCAAUACGUUGAUGAACUUAUUAAGGAAAUUUACAAGGAGAUGAUUAAGGGUUACGAUCCGAUCAAAUUACCCGAUAUUCACGAAUCCUUCAGUUAUAAACCCAUCAUUAUAACUUAUCAUGGAGAAUUGGAUUUGACUAAAGGAUGGCUUCAAGGUACGUCGAUGUUCAAAAGGAAUGGAGACGUUACUUUCCAUGAAUUAGAUGAGGGCAUUUACGAAUUAAUAGUUCCAUUGAAGUUUGACACCUUCUUGUACAAUUAUGAUUAUUCCGCUAAAAUUAUGAACUUGGGACCAUCCGGCACCGUCGACGGUCAAGUUGAUAAUAUCGAAGUGGUUUGCAGUUUCCUGGUCGUUGCAAACAACAAAUUCAUUAAGUUGCAGACCUAUGAAAUUAAGAAGCACAGCCACAUCAACGUGAAAUGGCACGGCAACGUUUUGGUCGAUUGGUUGUUCAACAUUCUGUCAUCAAUUGUGAAUGGUGUUUUCAAGGAUGGAAUCAAGGAUUGCAUGGAAAUUGGUCUUGCUGACAUCGUUGAAGUAACAACCAAAAUCUGGGAGAAACAAAAUAUUCUUGGAUCUUUAUUUUAAAUUAAUAAACUUAUUGUAAAUUUCAAA